AUGCCAAAGAACACUGACUAUGCAGAUUCUCACAAUCCAUACCGCAUGCCAUACCUCACGGAGGACAAUUGGCUUCCGUGGAAGAGGCGUGUGCAACAUGUAUGGAAGAGGAAGCGUCUUACCAAAUAUGUGACCGGUGAGAUCCCGAUUCUGCAGCCCCUGCCAGAUAUAGCGACGGCAGAAGAGAAGGCAGCGAGGGAAGCCGAGAUCGCAGAUUGGGAAGACAAAGAUAGUGAAGCAGCAGAGGUCAUGUUGAUGUCCAUGGCUGACGAUCAGCUCAUUCAUGUGAGCGAGUCGGGGACAUCACAUGAGAUUUGGGAGAGUCUUAGAAUCGUGAAGAAGAAGCCAGGCCAUCACGGCCUUCUGGCACACCAGCAUAUGUUAUAUCAACCUCGAGCUCCAGAUGACAAGGACAUGGAUGACUGGUUGAAGGAACUGUGUCAGCUUCGGGAGAAGCUCCACCAGAUGGGAAAGCUCAUCCCGGACGACGAGUUCGUUUCAAUUAUCCUCAUGUCGCUACUGGAAUCCUGGGAUUCAUUCAUGAAUUCCUAUUUCGGAGCAGCAAGAGGGCAGUCACAGUCUGGCAAUGGAACUCAGAUUACAUCACAAGAUCUCAUCGCAGUCAUUCGCAAUGAGAACUGCCGCCGAAAGAGCUGA